UGCACAUUGCAGUGAGGUGGCUGUCACUGACGUGUGAUAAAAGGAAUACUGCAGCGUUGUCGUAUUAGGGCUAAAUCCAGCAAGAUACAAGAUAUGUUCCAAGAACUUAGGUAGUAUUUUAUGAUAAAACCCGCAGUUGGCCGAAGGAAAUGGAGAACGGGAGUCUUGUGUCCCUCUGUGUUUUGCUUGCACUCACGACGAGAUGGACAGUCUCGUUCCAUUCAUACUCAGGAGCAGGCAAGCCGCCGAUGUUUGGAGAUUAUGAAGCACAGAGGCACUGGCAAGAAGUGACGUACAAUCUUCCAGUUCAUGAGUGGUACUUCAACACCACAGAGAAUGAUCUAAACUACUGGGGAUUGGAUUACCCUCCGUUGACAGCUUAUCACAGUCUGCUAUGUGCCCAUGUAGCAAAAGUCAUAAACCCUGAGUGGGUGGAGCUGUUUACAUCCAGAGGGCAUGAGAGCCUGGCUCACAAACUCUUCAUGAGGGCCACUGUUCUAGUGGCCGACAUCUUAGUUUACAUUCCUGCAGUUGUGGUGUACUGCUUAUACCUUGUUGAAGGGUCCUGCAAAAAGAAGGUUACGACCAUCUUCUGUAUCCUGCUCUAUCCAGGCCUUACACUGAUCGACUAUGGGCAUUUCCAAUACAAUGGCGUGAGUCUAGGCCUGGCCUUAUGGGGUGUGAUAGGCCUGGGGCUGGGCUGGGACAUGCUGGGCUCCUUCGCCUUUACGCUGGCACUCAAUUACAAGCAAAUGGAGCUCUACCACUCGCUGCCUUUCUUCUGCUACCUGUUGGGGAAAAGUGUGAAGCAGGGCCUGACAGGAAGAGGGUUGCUGCUGCUGGUGAAAGUUGGUGCCACAGUGCUGGUGACCUUUGCCCUGUGCUGGUUGCCCUUCCUGUCCGACUCUCGGCAGGUGCUGCAGGUGCUCCAUCGGCUGUUCCCCGUGGCUCGCGGGCUCUUUGAGGAUAAAGUGGCCAACACUUGGUGCAGUCUGAACAUCCUGAUAAAGAUCAAGACCCUUCUGCCCGCUGGGACCCAGCUCUCACUGAGCUUUGUGCUCACCCUCCUGGCGGCCCUUCCCUCGUCAAUAAAACUUUUCACCAGGCCUACCCUGUGGCAGUUCAAACUCGCCCUGGUGAACUCAUCCUUGGCCUUCUUUCUCUUCUCCUAUCAAGUCCAUGAGAAAUCCAUCCUGCUGCCUGCCUUGCCAGUGUGCCUUCUCCUGAGUGACAUUCCCUUGAUGGCUCUCUGGUUUCUUCAGUUGACGACCUUCAGUAUGCUCCCCUUGCUGCUGAAAGACGGCCUGCUCCUGCCCUACAUGGUGACCUCGGGGGCCUUCCUGUACCUGGGGGUCUUCCUGCUGUCCGCCCUGCAGCGCUCCACGGACGAGCAGCUACGCCUGCAGCCCUACCACACCCUCAUCAGCACGCUCCUGCCCUGCCUGCCACGCCUCAACCUGGGCCUCAUCACCAAGUGGAAGUUUGUGGCGUCGGUGGUGAUCAUGGCUGGUCUGAGCAUGGCCAGUGUGGUUCUGGAGCCUCCUGCCAGGUUGCCAGAUCUGUUCCCCGUGCUGGUGUCUCUGGUGUCCUGGGCACAGCUCCUGGCUUUCACCUUCUACUUCAACCUGCUGCAGCUGAGCGAGACCCCAGGGAAGAGGAGUGGCAAGAAAAACAACUGAUUUACGGUUCUGUGUCUUUUUUUAGGUAGUUACUUGGCCCCCUGGAGGUGGUUGGGUCAAGUAUUGCAAUGAUCCUGUCUGUCUAUCUGUUUGUGUGUGUGUGUGUGUCCACCCGCAGUGUUUUGGGUUGCCUGAGGGUGGCGCCAAACACACAUUAUAUGCAUCUAGCAUUGGUAAGGGGACCAGGUUGCCAUCACUGUUUGUCACUCGUUUGUUUUGUUUUAAAGGAGCAUUCAGUAAUGUGUUUGCAGUUUACUCUUCUGAAUGCUUUCAGCUGGUCUCUGCAUCUUGGCACUAGCACUUCAGCAUAUUGUCUGCAGUCUGAUUUGACCAUUUUAUGCUAGGAUGGAAGUUAAGAGUCAUCAUGAAAGCCGGAUUUGCUGAUUGAAGUAUAAAUUGUUUUGGAGAUUUGCUGAAUGAAGUAUAAAAGUGUAAACAAUUGAAAUGUUUAAAGGUACACUGCAGGAAAUGGUCAAAAAAGGUACUGCAACUAUGCUGCUCAUUGAAACUGGGCUGCUUAUUGCCAAAUUUGAUCUUUUCAUGAACGUUUACUAAGUAAUAAACUGAUGUUUUCUAGUAUGGCCCAAGUACAGUCAUUUUUGCAGCUAAAAAUGGCUAUUUCUGGAAAUUCAAAAUGGCGGACCAUGGAGAAGAUCCCGCUUUUCAAGUAUGAAAAGUGCAAUUUUUUCCAGUCAAAAUGAAUACUUAGAAUUUGAUGAUGGUGGUAAGUAUUCAUGAAAAAGGUAACAUUAGUUAAUGGGUAGCAUGAAUUCUGGAAAUAAACGACUAAAAAUCUCACACAGUGUACCUUUAAUUCUGAAAAAGGUUGUGGCUAUUGUCUCUAGAGCUGUUAAAGACAGGAGUGUUCACAGUUUUGUUAACAGAUGUAAAGGGGGCCAUCAUGCCCUUACCAUUCAUCACUAUGAAGCAUAAAUACCAGUAAUAUCCACACUCUUGAGAAAGCUGUCCAAAUCAAUUGGUUUUGAGAAAUGAGUAUCAGUGUAUAUGUGUCUGCAUUAGCCAAGGAUGUCGGUCUUAAAAUGAUUGUAGGGUUCAUGAGGGUUGUUGGUAAUCCUAUUAGUCUGAGGUCAUACUUGUUCAAUUAGAGGACCAUUUUUUUACUCUGUGCAUACAAGAAAUGUUUUCUAUAAGAGCUCUUCAUUAAAACGUCUUUUCUACAAAA